GGUGGUAGUUACGGUGACGAUCCGGCGGGGCCUGUGUGUCACUCCAGUCGUUGAGCUGUUCAUAUUCGCUCAAAAUGGAGGGGAGGUAGCGGAGCAGUUUACAUAAAGCAGCCUCGCCUAGAGCAUCCUCAGCCGGACCCAGCGUGGGGGAGCACAGGGAGUUGGGGCUCGGAAUUCCGCCCCCAGCAGCAGCAGCAGGAGGAGGAUCGAGGUCGGGGCCGAUCACCAUGGGGCUCUCGGAGGCUGUGAGCCUGAACGGGCGGCUGUUACUCGGGCUCCUGGUGAACCUGUCCGCUUCCAUCUGCAUCGUCUUCGUUAACAAAUGGAUUUAUGUGCAGUAUGGCUUCCCCAAUAUGACCCUAACGUUGCUGCACUUUAUCAUGACCGGCCUGGGGCUCUAUAUUUGCCAGAGGCUCAACAUUUUCUCCCCCAAAACUCUCAAACCCACCAAGAUCCUGCUGCUGGCUCUCAGUUUCUGCGGCUUUGUUGUUUUCACAAACCUGUCCCUCCAGAAUAACACCAUUGGCACCUAUCAGCUGGCUAAAGCCAUGACCACUCCAGUCAUUAUAGUCAUACAGACUGUCUACUACAAGAAAACCUUCUCUACCAGGAUAAAACUGACAUUGAUCCCUAUUACUUUGGGAGUAUUUCUGAAUUCUUACUUUGAUGUGAAGUUUAAUUUUCUAGGAAUACUUUUUGCAACACUUGGUGUUUUGGUUACCUCAAUAUAUCAAGUGUGGGUAGGAGCUAAACAACAUGAAUUGCAGGUGAAUUCUAUGCAACUCUUGUACUACCAGGCCCCAAUGUCAUCUAUCAUUCUGAUGUUCACUGUUCCUUUUUUUGAACCAGUGACUGGAGAGGGAAGCAUCUUUGGAAACUGGUCUAGUACAGCAUUGAUGAUGGUGUUGCUUUCUGGAAUUAUUGCCUUUCUGGUCAAUUUGUCAAUUUACUGGAUUAUUGGAAAUACCUCACCUGUCACAUACAACAUGUUUGGACAUUUCAAGUUCUGCAUUACGCUACUGGGAGGCUAUAUUUUGUUUAAAGAUCCUCUUUCACUGAAUCAAGGUCUGGGGAUUUUGUGUACAUUAUGUGGUAUUUUAUUUUACACACAUUUUAAACUCCGUGAACAAGAAGAAGGAAAAAACAAAUUGGCACAAAGGCCUUAGUAUUGCUUCUGAGUUCCUUAUACAGAGGAACUUCAAUUAUCCAGUAUUCGAUUAACUGAUUGAAAUACUCCCUGCCCAUGUCCUUUGGAUAAUCGAGGUUCCUCUGUGUUUUCUUUUCCCAAAGUGUUGCUAGUGAGCACCAAUUCCAAGGUACUUGAUAAGUAUAGCAUCUCUAAAAUUGAAUGAAAUGCCAUUGAAUAUUUCACUUUAUUGCAGAAGAUGGUUGCUGCUCAUACAUAGAAAUUUAUGUAUUUGACCAAUUUUCAUGUGCCAUGUUCGAGUUAUUUUUCACAUAGCACCAGGUUAUAGUCCAACAGGUUUAUUUGCAAGUUUACUUCCAAAUAAACCUGUUGGACUAUAACUUGGUGUGUGUGUUUUUUUUUGACGUUGUCCUCUCCAGUCCAAUGCUGGCACCACCUCAUCCUGGUCAUUUUUGUAAUUGCUUUUUAAGGACGUUCCUUGCAAUUAACAUGUCAUGUAAAGUUCAUUCAGCUUUAAAUCUGAAAGAAUGUCAAACUAAUUAUUCAUGUCUAUAGAAUUGUCCAACAUGCAUAAAAUUGCUGAUAAGUUUUCUGAAUCUUGGAAACAAAAUCAAAUGUACAGAUAAUGUGAAAAUUGGUUUAAUCAUGUAUUUUCUGAAAGUGGACAUUUGUAAUUUACAUGUGCUUUGCACGUUCUGUAUUAUACUGGGCAAAUUAUUGUGGUGGUGGGAGGAAGGAAUAAAAUUAUUUUUCAUUGCUUUUAUUACAUGUUGAUAGGAAAAGGAAUACAAAAAUGACAGAGUUCUCUUUUCUGCUGUAACAUAUUGGCAAUUUCGGUCGAUCACUAUCAGUGAUGGUGAUAGUUUCUUGCAAGUUACAUGUGCAAAACAGAGCCUUAAAAUGUUUCUCGAAAAGUAGAAUUUUUUUUUGUCUAUCUUGAAACUGGAAUCCAAAUAAUAAAUGCAAAUAAUUGUUGUAGAAA